UCGGAGCUGCCCGGGAUGGCCCGCCCCGCGCUGCCCAGCCAGGCGCUGCAGGCGCUGUGCUCCGCGGGCGGCUCCCUGGAGCAGGGCGAGCUGUCGCGGCGGCUGCCGGCCCUGGGUCCCAGCCUGGACAGCCUGUUGCUGACGGAGCCGGAGCGGUUCACGCUGGUGACCCGGCCGGGGCCCUGCUCGCCCGGCGGCCCGCCCCAGGAGCAGCGGGUGGUGGUGGCCACUAGCGCGGUGCGGCUGUGCCAGGAGCACGGCGCGCCGGGAGCCGGCUGCGGGGGCCAGUGCGGCCAGCUCCACAUCUGCCGAUACUUCCUGUACGGGAACUGCCGCUACCAGCGCACCAGGAAAGAUUGCAAGUUUGUUCAUAACUUUCAGUCAGAGCAUAACCUCCGUGUCCUAAAAAGACAUGGUCUUGAAAACUUAAAUGAUGAUGAGUUGCGUCAGCUCCUGCUUCAGAAUGAUUCUUCGCUGUUACCUGAGGUAUGCAUGCAUUAUAACAAAGGUGAUGGACUCUAUGGGUCUUGUACCUUCAAGAAGAUCUGCACCAAACUCCAUAUGUGCCAGUACUACUUGCAGGGAGAGUGCAGAUUUGGCAGUAGUUGCAAGCGAUCACAUGACAUUUUUAAUCUGGAGUGUUAUGAAAAACUGGAGAGGCGAGGAAUGAGCCCGAACCUGAUUGCCAAACUCCCCUCUAUCUUCAGGAACAUGUAUGACAUCAAAAAUGGCACCUCUUCACCAUGCAAAGCGAGAAGAGACAGUCUUAAUCAGGGAUCCCAGAAUGCAAAUAGUAAUGAAGAAUUAGAUGAGAUCUGCUUGUACUACAUAAGGAAAAGUUGUAGCUUUCAAGGACUGAUGCUAACUUUAUUUAUUUAUUUUUUUUUUUACCCUUUGGCCCUCUCACACAGGUUUUCAUAUAGUGGCUUGCAGUAUAUAUCUUUUCAGAACAUGACCUAUGGCUCUGCCAAAGUUAGGCGCCUCUCCACAGCAUCGUCUGUGACCAAACCCCCUCACUUCAUUCUAACAACAGAUUGGCUCUGGUACUGGAAGGACGAAUAUGGCAUGUGGCGUGAAUAUGGAACAGAAGAUGAUGAUCAUGAUGCUUCCACUGUAUGCAGCGGUGACCUGGAGCAUGCUUAUCUAGCAAAAGUGUCUCCAACGUUGCAGUUCAAAGCUGGAAGACAUGAAUAUGAACUCAACUUUAAAGCCAUGAAUCAGAGAAACCUUCGCUAUAAGACACAGAGAGAGGUUUGCAGGAGACCCAAAUUCCUCUCCCCGCAAGACGUGGAAAAACAGAGAAUCAGUGGUGUUGAGCAUUCACAGGAAGAAUCCAUUCCAGCUCACUGGGACAAAUCAGCUUUACCAGAAUUGGGAUACAAGCUGAUCAAACUUCUCAGCUCUUCUGACGAAUACAAGAAGGUCCAGGCUGACUUUCAGCGCACAAUGCCCAAAACAGUCAUUCGAGAGAUUCAGAGAAUCCAGAACCCGACUCUUUGGAAAGUGUAUCAGUGGCAGAAAGAGCAAAUGCAGAAGACUAGUGGAGGAAAGGAUGUGUGUGAAAGACUCUUAUUUCAUGGGACCAGUAAAAAGCAUAUAGAUGCCAUCUGCCAGCAGAACUUUGACUGGAGAAUCUGUGGUCUUCAUGGGACAGCUUAUGGCAAAGGAAGCUACUUCGCAAGGGAUGCAUCGUAUUCUGAUAACUAUAGCAAGACCAACUCAAACGUCAAGACCAUGUUUCUGGCUCGGGUCUUGGCGGGGGACUUUACCCUUGGUAGCUCUUCCUAUCUUCGUCCUCCCGCUAAAGACAGUGGAAACAGUUUCUAUGACAGCUGCGUGAAUAGCCUUUCGAAUCCAUCUAUCUUUGUCAUCUUUGAGAAACAUCAGAUUUACCCUGAAUAUCUGAUUGAAUACAUGGACCAGGCGGUGGCAACUGCUCUGUCAAUGGCUGCACAUGCUGCUUAUUUUCAGAAUUGACUUAACUGAGGAGAGUUUUUUGUUUAAUAAAAAUGUGCCCAGUACAUUGUAGACACAUUUAGACUCUCCCCUCUGCUUGUAACAGUAAGCAGAGGUGACGAUCUUAAGAAAUUUUAGAAAAGACCUAGUAUUUUUAUGAGUUUUUAAAAUCCAGGCUUUAUUCCUAAAUUUCUCUGGUGGGGCUAACUUGUUUUUUCCCACUGUUAGUCUGUUCUAGGGGAUUUAGUAAAUCCAGUAGAUGUUCAUGAUUCUUGCAAUGUGAGAUGAAGUAACAGAAAAGCAGGUGGUUGUGAUGUCAUAUGAAAUUCUUCUUUAAAAAAAAAGUAAUUAUGUUUUCAUUAGUUCUCCCCCAGUGAAAUUAGCUGUGAAACUAGUGAGCCAGGGCAGAAUCUGCACAAGGCUUCUUGUGGGCAAGCAAUUUGUUUAAUAGUUUCUUUGGGACUGUUGCACACAUGGAGCUCCUGUAGAUCACUGCUGCCACAUCAGGGUGACCUCCUACAACCCUCUCCUUGCUAAGGGUUUCUCCUCCUAAUACCUCAGGCCUGCUAAGCCCCAAAUGUGGGUUAAAAAUAAAAUAAUGCAGGAAUCUUUAAAUCUGUGGUUACAUUAGUUUGAUUCAGGCUUUGCGAUGUUAACAUAAAUGAGAGAGUUGUGUGUUGUGGUUGGAACAGCAGCAAGCUUAGGUGUACAAGAAGGGACACCAAAGCAGUUGGUGUGUGUUCUUUCUCCUCUCCAGUGGAAUUACUUCAGGCAAAAUAUCUAAGAAUUUCUCUUUCCUCCUCUUUUCUCUUUUAGACUUUCCGUAGAAUUGAUGUUUUUCUGACAUGGUGAGAGAGAUGUGACUGCUACAGCUUUCUGUUAUUAUCUGUUCCGAGUUGUCAGAGGUGGUGUAUAGAUACAUGUUUGAGUUAUUUAAAAGCAUGAUUCUACUUUAAGAAUCACUGUGGGGGUCAUGUUUAUUGUCUCGGUGGCCCCAGAUUAAAAGAGUUUUUACAAGGCUGUUUUUCCUAGCUGUCAGCCCUGCAAACUCAACUCGGGGAUCUAAGCAUUGAGUGAGGUUCUUUCCUCCUCCUUCAUCAAUGCCAGUAAUACAGGUUCCGUAGGUCAUGUCGUAUGCCUUCAGUGACAUCUGUGCAAAUCCACGAUAUUCUGUGGGGGCUGUACAGGUUUAAGUGAUUGGGCCUGUAAUGGGAAUAUAGAAAACAAUUCUGUUGAUGUAUCAGAAAGGAUAGGAUCUAGUUCACUAUUUAUCUUGGCUCUAUUCAUUCUUGUAUGUUAACUGGAGUCAAAAGCAAUCAAAACUCUGACACUAAAGUCAGCUGUCUAGUUCUUAUAGAUGCAAGGAACAUAUAGACAGAGUAAAUGUACCAUUUCACAUACAGUAAUUGCAUUUCAGAAUAGAACUGCACUUCUGAGCUUUCCUCGCUUCUGGGAGGCUUUCCCCUUCCACCUGUUAACUAACGUGAAUGAAAAGUUAAGCCUGGAAUUAUAAUACAUUCCCUUCUGGGGUGUAUUUAUGUGCUGGGUAAAGCUCUGUCCAAAAGCCUGCUGCAAUAUGGGAGAGCAGAAGAAACUUCAGAAUCCUAAUAAUGCCUCUGAUUAUCACUAGUUGCUUACACUGCAUGGAUCUCUUCUGACUUCUCCAGCUAUCUUCUGGUAAAGAUUGGAAGCAAGUGCUGAAGGUGGAAACGCUGCAAGGACUUGUAUGUCAAUAAAACUGUCCAUAUGUACACAAAAUAAACUAUAGUGCCUAAUGCCCUGCUGUGAACAGCUGAGCUGCUUAGUUUUUUGAUCACGCUGCUACAACUAACAAAUGAAUGCGUUACUAUAGAUCUGUGAGAAUUCUGGAUGAACCACUAAAGCUUUCCAUACCUUUCACUGUCCGUACAUGUGUGUUCUGGUAGGGAAGGGUUUAAUAAGACUUUUAUUGGUACCUGGAAAUGUAAGCAGCUGUAUUCUUCUCAUUUGCAAUCGUGGUAUUGGUGACUGAAGCUUAACAUUUGCAUUGCUUGGAGAGAGGAAACUACUACUCAGUAUGAUUCCUCUCCUUUGUAAUUGUUGGGAACGGUGGGGUUACAGCAGCUAUCUUUCAGUUAUAAUAAAUGCAUUGGCUAGUCAUGUAUUCCAAGUGCCUCAGGAUUUCCAUGAGGAAAAAAUGUCUAACUGGAAGAGAUCUGUAGCCCUUGUUCUCAAUGUUUUUAAUGUUUGAAAUCGAAAUUGAAUCUUCUUAUUCUCAGCCGUAUGUAUGAUACUUUCUGUGGCAAUAUGUAUGGCUCCUCUUUUUUUAAUGCAAAUUAAAAUAUUUUGAACUGAAAACUGA